UAUUCUUAUAGAUGGAAGAGUCUCUGGACGGGCGCGAGGCGAGCACCAGCACUGGGUUUGAUUCCGCGGCCAUUUUGAAUGAUGAUGUAUCACCGACCACAAGUUUCUGUUACAACAUACCUAAUCUUUUUAAUGGUCUAGGUCCUGGCUCUGUACUGUGCGACCGGCCUGAGACAGAGAGUAGCGACUACACUGCCGCAGAGCACGCGGAGGACGCAGUAGAGACACAGCAGUAUGAAGACGACGAGGAAUAUUCACCGAGCUCCAAUUCCAAGAGCGACGUUCCGAAACGUAAACAAAGAAGAUACAGGACAACGUUUUCCAACAUACAACUAGAACAAUUGGAAGCCGCAUUUCACAAAACGCAUUACCCUGAUGUGUUCUUCAGGGAAGAGCUCGCUAUGCGGAUAGAUCUUACUGAAGCAAGAGUACAGGUGUGGUUUCAAAACCGCCGCGCGAAGUGGCGUAAGCAGCAGAAGGCGGGCUGCGAGAGUUACCCGGGCCGGGGCGGACGCUCGCCUGAUCCUCGCUCGCCGUCCGCGCUGGCGAUGGAGAUGAGGGACUUUAUUACAAUACCUGUAUCAUCGCCACAAGUUAUAAAUUUAGCUGAAUCUUCAAAUAUAAGUAACUACGGAUCUAAAAGUAAGCAGCCAGCGCCAGCUAUCCACAUAUCCGCUCUACCUACAAGACAAAACUCUCAAAUGGACCUUCCUUCCUUCUCUAUACCGCUUCAAUAUAAUCUGGGUAGCUUUAAAAAGAUAGGAGAAGACGUAGAUCUAGAAGCUUCGACAUCAGAAAAUGUACAAGUAGCAAACCACUGGGACUCUAGAAUGAUAUCUAAUUAUAAUUUAAUGAAUAUAAAACCAUUACUGGAUAAUCGUGAAGGCAUAGACAUGUCUGAAUUAAAAUACGAAGUUAAAAAUGAAAAUGUAAAUAGAAUUAACUUUAAUGAAAUACCUGAUACAUCUAUAGCUAGUACGAAUAUAGAAGCAGAAGAUAUACUUGGAAAGGAACCUGUAAAUGAAGGGCAAACUAUAUCACCUGAUUUUGAAAUUGAAAGAUAUCAAAAUUAUAGCAAUGAAAGUGAGAAACGAUUUAGGGAAUCUACUUUCGAUGAGAAUAUUAUAGAAGAUGGAAGAAAUGAUUUUGUUUGCGAUAGUGAUUUCUUAUGUAAGAAUAAUUUUGAGAAAGUCGACGAGAAACGUAAUGAUUACGAGGAAUGUCAUCUUUUAGAUACAGAUAAUAAUGUUGGUAUGAGUAAUUUUGAAAAUAAUUUAUAA